GGCGCCCAAACGACUUCUCACCUCCAUUCCUAAUAUCUGCCAAAAUGCCAAAGGUCGUCUCUCGUUCCGCUGUCUCCUCAUCGACCGACGCCCAGCCCACUGCAUCGUCCGUCGCGGCGCUGCGUGUUUACUACUGUAUUUGCGGGGAGUUUAUCCUCGUUAUGGACAAGAGUCUCGCUUCCCUACCGCGGCGGAAGACUGACGGCGCUGUUAUGAUUCGGUGUCAAGACAGCGAGCUCGGGAAGGCCCGUGUUUUCAAAUUGAAUGCAACGGCCAAGGACCCGGUGCUGUUAGAGCGCGCGAAUGGCUAUGAACGGCAGUUCAAGUUCCACUGCCCAAGGUGCAAUCUACCAGUGGCAUAUCAGACCACGCCUCCGCCAGCCAAGUCGGGGCGAGUCCUGUACAUCAUCAAGGGUGCCCUGAGCCAAGUGCAAGGUCAGGUCCCUCCGGACGCAUUCGAAGAUGAACGCUUGGCAGAGUCUUGAGGCGCAAUGUUCGCACUCGCGUCGCGGAGACCUUUGCCAUAUAAUCCUUCUUUGCUUGAACAGGCUGUACACUACGUAUCACUCAUCUGCAUGACUGGCAGAAGCUCAUGCAUUCUCAUGUUCGGAAGUAAUGUACAGAUGUGGAUAAAUGAACAAUGCUCGCCAAUAACAACACGACAUUUCGUGUCAUGGCCCACACAACACUGUAGAAGCAUUCAUUAUGAAAUUGCAUAAUUCCUGGAAAGUUUCGAGUCAGUAUCGACUAUUUG